AGCUACAUUACGGUUACCCGACAAGUGUCAGUACGUACGGGUGAGGUACAUGUAAAGCGCAGCGAGAGAUAACCCGCAUCAACUACACAAACGGAUCUAACAACACAACCCCGGGCCACCUCUACUCCAGGCGGAUUAAUGACUUAAUCCCAACAUGGAAUUUUUCACGUGCUAAGGAUAUAACAUCUUCAUACAUCACGUGCGAAGAAAGACGCGCAUGUACAGUAUAUGUAGUAUAUCAGCAGGACAGACAGGCAGGUGCAUAUGUACGUGCAUCAUUGCACUCGUGCUACAUUGACGAGGAGACAUACAGUGACGAGAGAGAUACAGUGACGAGGAGACAUACAGUGACGAGAGAGAUACAGUGACGAGAGAGAUACAGUGACGAGGAGAGAGAUACAGUGACGAGGAGAGAUACAGUGACGAGGAGAGAGAUACCGACAGGUCCUAGUUUUCUUUCUCGCCAUUUUAUUACAAGUUAAACAAUGUGUGUGUCUCCCUUGGAACUGGCAGCUUGUAAAAACUUUCCGCUCUCAUGGAAAGGUGCUGGAUACUAGUAAAUAUGUCUCAUGAUCUCUUGGAAGGAGCCUACUAUUGGUGAAAACUGUUCCGUUUUAUCUGAAAAGGAUGCUAUUAGUUGGGGAAAAUGUUGCGUUAUAUUUAGAAAGAAUGUAACUGUUGGUGACACUGUUCAGUUCUAUCUGAAAAGGAGCUUACUUUUAGAGGAAACUGUUGCGUUUUAUAUAUAAAGGACUUAAUUCUAGUAAGUCGUUUCGUCAUGAAAGAAUCCUACUUUUGGUAACAACUGUUUGAUUUUUUCAAGGAAACUAUUGGUAAAGACUGUAUCGUUUUCUCUAGAAAUAAACUGACUACCGGUAAAAACUUCCGUUUUCUCUGUGUUCCGUUUUCUCUAUGGAGGAGCUGACUAACGGUAGAAAAUGCUCCGAUCCCCGUUUUUGCUGUUGAGCGUCUUGAACCCAUGAAACGUUAACUUUGAUAAUUGUGAAACUGCUGUGCACUCGAGAAAGGGAUGUUACCACAAACCAGAUACAAUUACCUUCAUGUUCGAUAAGCAGAUGUAUUUACUAUGAAGGUAUAAUUAAAUUGGUCUACAGGGCGAGGUGUUCGGCCAGGGAUCCACAGGAACUCUGUAUCUUGUGGUAAAUUAUCAUCACACAGGCACGCGUAUCGUCAUCAAACUUUAAGUAUAUGCCUUAAAUUGUUCCAUUAGAUGAUGAACGCCGAUUUCAGUUUCGGUUUGGUCAGGAACAUGUGAUUAGUGAAUUAUACAUCAAUACCUUGCCCAGAUGCUGAACAUUGUCUGAAGUCGGCUAUAGAGACCGAUCAAUACGUUAUGUUUGUUUAAACAGGACCACGUCACUACCUCCAGCUCACCGGGGACUUCCCAACAAAGCUGGAAAUACCAAUCUAUAAAUAUAGCCCAUAGAAUUUAUCUAAAUCAUCAGAGACUUUCAACAGAUCUUGACUAGCAUGGUUAGUAUAGUACGUGCCAUUUAGCAGCCUAGGCGAUAGCCAGUGUAACUAUUUCAAUCAGAGCUAAUGCAAUACAGGAUAACAGAAUCAAUCUGUUCGAGCGGAUGUAAGUGACUUACGUGACGGAAUCACGCGGAAGUGACAUGUCGAAUUAAUUGACGAUCGAGAAGGUCUUCAGAAUACGUACCAAGGGAUAAUUAAAGGUGAUAUAUGUUCUUGAGAAACUGAGCCUACCUAUCGCCAUUGCGCAUAUAAGGAAAAAGUGUCCGUCGCGACAGGGACAUUUUCACAAUACAAACGUUUUACUAUUGCCAUCAAUAUUUCCAUUUGUGUUGUCAUCAGUCAAUGAAUUGAACAACAUGUCUGAUAAGAUGGACUACAAAGUGUAUGUUCAGACGGGCGACAAAAGGUUUGCAGGGACAGACGCCAACAUUGCCGUCGUUUUUCAUAGCAACGACGGUCACAGUACUGAGGAAAUGUGGCUUGAUAACAUUUUUAUCAACGACUUUGAGCGCGGACGUCGGGACGAGUUUCCGGUGACUGGGCGCCGACUUGCGUCAGUCGACGUGCUGGAACUGUGGAGGGAUGAGAAAGGAAUUCUAGACGACUGGUUUCUUGACGUUGUUGAAGUAAAGUGCGAAUCAUCGCAAGAUACGUUUGCGUUUCCUUUUUUUCGUUGGAUAAAGCCGCACUUCCGGUACAGGAUUCGGCAUUUGGACACGUCUCUCCCACAGGAGGAUGACUUCAAUGAUCAGAGGAGUAUGGAACUCGAGGACAAGCGCACUGUUUACCAGCUACACGUCAAGAUUCCCGGUAUGGUGUCACAGGUGAAACAAAUUCCAGAUGAUGAACAGUUUUCCUUUGAUUACAAAUGGAACAUUGCAACAAGGAAAAUCAAGAUGAUUGCUCAGAGCAAGAUCAUCAGUUUGGUGAGUGGGACCUGGGAGAGUCUCGCGCAUCUCAAGAACGUCUACACAUCAGAAAUCCUUAAGGAGCCAACGAGUGCUACAAGAUGGAGUAAUGACAUAUAUUUUGGACUCCAGAGAACCGCCAACAUGAAUCAUUCCGUUAUCAAACUGUGCAGCAAAAUUCCAGAAAAUCUUGCCGCGACAGAAGACAUGCUGAAACCAUUCUUAGAGGGUUGGUCCCUAAAACAGGUGUUUGAUACCAACCGACUGUUCAUAGUGGACUACAAGAUCCUGGAAGGCCUUCCUUGUAAAUCGGAUAAAUUUAUGGUGUGUGCACCCAUGGCACUGUUCUUUUUGAAUGGUGAACAGCAUCUGGUACCCAUAGCAAUACAACUGAAACAGAAACCUGCUGAGGACAACCCUGUGUUCCUUCCCACAGAUCCACUGUGGACAUGGAUGAUGGCCAAGAUGUGGUUCAACAAUGCCGACGCCUCCUACCAUCAGUCUCUCACACAUUUAGGGUUUACGCACCUGUUGAUGGAGGGGGUGGUGGUGGUGACACACAGAAACAUAUCCCAGUCACACCCUCUGUUCAAACUUCUGGCUCCCCACUACCUGUACCUCAUAGCCAUCAACACGCGAGGUCUGGAGUUACUGGUAUCAGAAGGAGGCUGGGUGGAUAAGACCAUGAACAUCGGCAUCAAGGGCAUGUUUGAACUCAUCAGGCGUGGGAUCAAUGAGUGGAGGAUGGACCAGCACGGCACCUUACCAGAGGACCUGAGGGCUCGCGGGAUGUUGAGUCCCAAAGUCUUGCCUGGUUACCAUUUCCGUACUGAUGCUCUGCCACUGUACUAUGCAAUCAAUACAUACGUCAAAAAAUAUGUAAAACUCUAUUACGACACACCGGAGAAGAUCACCAGCGACUGGGAGAUACAGAACUGGGCAGGCGAGCUGGUCAAACCACGUGAGGAGGGUGGCUGCGGACUGCUGGGUGUUCCUGGUAAUGGUAAGAUUGAGAACCAGGAGCAGCUGAUCGUCAUACUGACCAGCAUCAUCUACACAUGUAGUGUUGCCCAUGCAGCCACCAACUUUCCACAGUAUGAUGAGUAUGCUUUCCCACCAAACUACCCGGCCUCACUCGCUGGAAAACCACCCACAGACAAGACCCCCCUAGAGGAGAAGGAUAUUUUGAAAGCCCUCCCUGACAAACCGACUACAUUAGAUGUGAUGGUGGUUACUAAGAUUCUCAGUGACAAAGGAACCAAGAGCCUGGGUGACUUUGAAGUCCAGUAUAUAUUUGAUCCACCAGCCAGACAAAUUGUCAAAGAGUUCCGUGAGGAACUGAAGGAGAUCAGUAGACAUGUGAAAGAGAAGAACAAGACGAGGAAUCCGCCGUACGAGUGGCUUGACCCAGAAGUUGUCCCCAACUCCAUCAGUAUCUGAUUGGUUCAGGGGAGACCACUCUUCCUCUUACCAUGGGGAGAUGCUAGAAAAAGCAAUACUCAAAAGGCUGAUCAUUUGGUUUUGAACAGAAACAAUUUCAAGAAACAGGAGGAGAUAAUUAUCUGAAUAGGAGUUGAUUUUCUUCUUAUUGAUGCUGCUGUUGUCACCAUGAUAACUUGAUAUCAUAGCUUUUCACUGUUGUACCUGCAUCUUACCUUUUCUGUAAACCCUAAAACAAUGGUACCGUGGAAUGACUACAUGCUAGUUUAAAUAUCAUGUGAUAAGUGACAUAUUUUAUGAUGAGCUUGAUUAAGUACAAAAUACAUCCUGCUAUGAGCUGUUGAGCUUAGGUAAAGUGUCAUGAAAUAAAUUAGUAUGAUAAUAUGCCAUUGAAUGAACUAUUUUGGGGGAGGAUUGUAAUGAACUAGGUGAAAUGGGCAGCGAUGAUCUAAGGGAAGUGUAAUGUAAUUUGCCAGCUUAAGUGUUGUGUAAUGAGUCAGGUAAAGUGUCAUG